CGUCAGAAUAUUGACUUAUUUUUCUUAAAACGACAGAUACAUUGGGGGCGGAAUUUUCACUUUAUUUUUGUGCUUAUAUAUAUAUUUCAACGUAGCUUACGAAGGGUCUCAAGUUAAAUAUUACAGACAAAAUGACGUCACCAGUGAAUGGAGUUCCAGCAUCCAACAGCGAUGAUGACAUGCGGCGUGACCUACAAAACAUUCAGAUGCAAUGUAAUCAGGUCACAGAUGACUCCCUGGAGAGCACGCGCCGGAUGCUUAAUAUGUGUGAAGAGUCACAAGAUGUUGGAAUUAAAACCAUCGUAAUGUUGGAUCAGCAAGGGGAACAAUUGGACCGAAUUGAAGAGGGUAUGGACCAAAUAAACCAGGACAUGAGAGAUGCAGAGAAAAACUUAGAGGGGCUUGAAAAGUGUUGUGGGCUCUGUGUGUUACCAUGGAAACGGGCUAAGAACUUUGAAAAAGGAGGAGACUAUGACAAAACAUGGAAGGCAUCAGAGGAUGGGAAAGUGAACACGAAUGGUCCGAGGGUGAUAGUCGGUGAGACUGCAGGACCACAGGGACCAAUAAUCACCAGAAUUACCAAUGAUGCUCGUGAGGAUGAAAUGGAAGAAAACUUGACACAAGUCAGUGGGAUGCUGGGUAAUCUUCGAAAUAUGGCUAUAGACAUGGGCAGUGAAAUAGAAUCCCAAAACAGACAAAUUGACCGCAUUAACAAUAAGACCCAGUCAAAUGAGUCCCGGAUUCAGGGAGCUAACCAGAGGGCCAGAAAGAUACUGAAAGAUAAUUAACUGUUGACAUUGCAUUCCUUUUUAAACUAUUAUAGAUAUAUCAUUAUUUUCUCUUACUGCAAUAUCUACUUAAACACAUGAUUAUUUUAAUGUUACUACAUGUAGAUGCAUAGUAUAUAUGUAUAUUCUCAGUCAUGUUCGACAUUUCAUCAUUAAAUGCAGAAAAGUUGUGAUGCAGAAUUUAAAAAAUGAAAUUCAAAGAUUUGAAACUGUCCCUGGCAUGGAGAUAUUCGUCGGUAGAGUUGGUUGUGUUUGUAGAGACACAGUUUUCAGUUGAAAAAUGGAUCUACAUAGAAGAGAAUUUCAAAGCUUUGCUUUACUUCCAAAAAUUAAGAUAUACAUUUAGCAGGUUUGACAUUGAUGUCAUAAACACUAAACAUAUAAUUAAUUCCAAAUAUAGGUACAGGAAAUAUUAAAAUAUUUAUGGAAUUUCAUAAAGAAAGAGAAACUUACCAGUACAUGUAGAUCCAUAUUUGUUGUGUAUUAUAUGUUUCCUUAGUGUUCACUGAAUUGUUUACAUUAAUUUUAUUCCUUGAGGAGGAAGGCAGGAGUAUGAAUUAUAUUCACCUGUUGGCAUUUUUCAUCAACAAAUAGUGAAAAUAAAAAUGAGAAACUGAAGUAAAUUAAUUUUUUCUGUUAGUUUUUCUCUUCUGAAUUUAAGAUGAUUGGAUCUGUCGGUGAAUAUAAUAAAUACUUCCAUCUCUCUUUGUAUUGAGAUUAUUUCUUGUCGUUAUCCCUUUGUUACAAUAGAGUAAAAACUGGAAUGCCUUCUCUAGAAAAUAGUUGCUUAAUAGUGCUAUUAAAUGAAGAAAACCAGCAGAAAAUGUAGUCCAUUAAGACUUACUUACAUUUGCAAUGAAGUUGAAUUGAUAGGACCCACAUACUAAAUUGCCAUUCUACAGAAGUCAUUUCAGAAUAUAUGUUUUCUCUAGUUAGCAUGCUUGUUUUGUUUAUUUACAAAAAGUAUCAGACAUCUUUCAGUGUAAAGCACUGCUUAGAAGUACAUGUCUAACAAUGGCUGUUCAUACCUGAUGUCUGAGUCUUUUUGAGUUAGAUCUAUAUUGUCGUUUUUCCUUUUAUAAAGCAUGCAUUUUAUUUCUGUU